CACCGCCUCGGCGGGGCAGUAACAGCCGCGGCUGCCAUGUGUGCGCGUACAGAACGGGGCGCUGAACUCAGCGGCUUCGCUCUAAUGCAGACAGACUCGCUUCACCUGUAUAAACGCGAUUAAGUCCCGCAAGCUAGAAGCUGCCAAUACUGAGUCUGUCUCCACGUGAAGAGAGCUGGAUUACCGCACAUGCUAUUCCGAAUUUUUAUAUUCACUCUGAAGAUCCAUCGCAGGUUAGGCAUGCCAGGGGCCGCCAGACCGUGGGCGUAGCCGCUGGAUCGCGGAGAGACGGAACGAGGGAGUCGGGGAGAGAGCAAGUGAGCCCCAGAGAAGAUGGGCGAAACCGAGGAUGAGAAGUGCUCCCAGGCCGGGCAGCUCUUUGAGAACUUCGUCCAGGCUUCGACCUGCAAGGGCACCCUGCAGGCGUUCGGGAUCCUCUGCCGCCAGUUGGAGCUGGAUCCACUGGACCACAAGAACUUCUACAGCAGACUGAAGGCCAAGGUCACAUUCUGGAAGGCUAAGGGACUUUGGAGCAAGCUGGACAAGAGAGCUGGUCAAAAGGACUACAAGAAGGGCAAAUCGUGUGUGGGCACCAAGUGUCUCAUCAUUGGUGGGGGCCCCUGCGGCCUGCGGACAGCCAUAGAGCUGGCCCUCCUGGGGGCCAAGGUAGUGGUGAUAGAGAAGAGGGACACCUUCUCCAGGAACAAUGUUCUGCACCUGUGGCCGUAUACAAUUCAUGACUUGCGUGGCUUGGGUGCCAAGAAGUUCUAUGGCAAGUUCUGCGCCGGAUCUAUAGACCACAUCAGUAUUCGCCAGCUGCAGCUCAUGCUGCUGAAGGUCUCGCUGAUCUUGGCCGUGGAGGUCCACGUCAAUGUGGAGUUUGUCAAGCUCCUGGAGCCCCCGGAGGACCAGGAGAAUGAAGGUCCUGGGUGGAGAGCUGAGAUCUGCCCCUCUGAUCACCCCGUUUCCGACUUCGACUUUGAUGUUGUGGUUGGAGCAGAUGGACGGAGGAACACGCUGGAAGGUUUCAGAAGAAAGGAAUUCCGUGGGAAACUGGCCAUCGCCAUCACUGCCAACUUCAUCAACAGAAACACCACAGCCGAAGCCAAGGUGGAGGAGAUCAGCGGCGUGGCCUUCAUCUUCAACCAGAAGUUCUUCCUUGAGCUGAAGGAAGAGACAGGCAUCGACCUGGAGAACAUCGUGUACUACAAGGACAACACUCACUACUUCGUCAUGACUGCGAAAAAGCAGAGCCUUCUGGACAAGGGAGUCAUCGUCCAUGACUACGCCGACACGGAGAUGCUGCUCAGCGCCGAGAACGUGCAGCAGGAGGCGCUGCUCUCCUACGCCCGCGAGGCCGCCGACUUUGCCACCGACUACCAGCUGCCCUCGCUGGAUUUCGCCAUGAACCACAACGGGCAGCCAGACGUCGCCAUGUUCGACUUCACCUGCAUGUACGCCUCGGAGAACGCGGCGCUGGUGCGGGAGCGAUUCGGGCACCGCCUGCUGGUGGCGCUGGUGGGGGACAGCUUGCUGGAGCCGUUUUGGCCCAUGGGCACUGGGUGUGCUCGGGGCUUUCUGGCGGCCUUUGACACCGCGUGGAUGACGAAGAGCUGGGCUCAGGGCAGGCCUCCCCUGGAAAUCCUGGCAGAGAGGGAAAGCCUCUACAGACUGCUGCCUCAGACGACCCCCGAAAACAUCACCAAGAACUUUGAACAGUACACUAUUGAUCCAGUAACCCGGUACCCCAACCUCAACUCCAACUGUGUUAGACCACACCAGGUGCGCCACCUGUACAUAACGGGGGAAUUGCAGCCCGAGUCCCUGGAGCGUGCUGCCUCAUUCAGACGACCUGUUAAUCUGGGCCGAAGAGAGUCUGAGAUCCGGCCCAGUCGGCUGCUGACGUGGUGUCAGAGGCACACGGAGGGCUACAGGAAUGUGUGCGUGUCUGACCUCACUUCCUCCUGGAAGAGUGGUCUGGCGCUGUGCGCCCUCAUCCACAACUUCAGAGCUGACCUCAUUGAUUUUGAUUCGCUCAAUGAAGAGGAAAGUGCCAAAAAUAACCAAAUGGCCUUCGAUAUCGCCGAGCGCGAGUUUGGCAUCCCGCCUGUCACCACCGGAAAGGAGAUGGCAUCCGAUAGGGAUCCGGACAAGCUCAACAUGGUGUUGUACCUCUCCAAGUUCUACGAGAUGUUCCGUGGUGACCCCAUACCAGCAUCAGGCUUCAAAAGGGAAACUGAUCAAAAUGAAGAUUAUUCUGGAAAGAUCGCCAACUCCAUUUCCAAUUUAAAGAACUUGUCACUGCCAAGAAAGCGGAUACCAAAGGGUGAGCAGAAGUCUGAUGAUAAGGACACGAUAAGCAAAAGGCGAAGAAAGUACAGCAAUUAUUUGGAAGAGGCCACCAACUUCCCCAGUCAGACUGCCAACUCUGUGGGCGAGGACACAAAUCUGAAGGAGAAUAAGGUCAAAUUCAUGGCCACCAAGCUGCAAGCAAAGUUUGAGGAGAAUGCCCCCAGCUGCUCUCUCCGCAGGCAGACCGAGUCUGACUUGGCCACGGCGAAGCCCCCCCGGCCUCGCUCUCUCGACCUUGUCGAGAACCCUCGCUUUGCCAGACCCAAGGACCAAGCCCCGCCUCCCCCUUCAUCAAAAAGGCAGCUAGCCCCCCUUGCGAAAUGCGCACUGGAAUGCGGCACCUCGCCCCCGCCUAGCCCCCCUCCGUACAUUCCCAGGGAGCCCCGACAAACGCGCGGCCGGCCCGAGGCCGGCAACUCCGCCCACGUGGAUUACCCAGAGUCCCCGGCUUCUUGCCACUCAGCGGUGCUGGUCGUGUCCGGAAUGCUCCGGCGGCUCCGAUGCCUGGAGGAUCAUAUCAGCGAGAAGAGAGCUCAGACGCAGAAAGCUAGGGAGUUUCAGAAAAAAAGUAUCAAAGAGAAGGCCGUCCACCUCAGCUCCUUGUUCUCUGACCCCAUCCAGACCCACUCGCCUGCUGCCAGGCCCAAACCCUCCACCAGCCAACCUCCCCCAGAAUCCUCUGCUCUUUGUUAUUCUUCUCCCGCCUUGGUCCCGUCUCCUCCCGGCCAAAGACAGCAGCUGCAGAAAUGCCUCAAGCUAGUGAGCCUCAGAACGUCACGUCUUCAAAGCAGAGCUGGGCCCUGUCCCCUUGUCCCUCUCACAGCCCUGUCCUCCCUUUCUCUCCCUGUCUCCGCCUUGCCCUGUCAGCGGACCGUGGGGAAGGUGUCCCUGGUCAUAGGUGCCAUGGCUGAAACACUAGCCACGCUCUAUGAGACCGAUCACAGGCCUCACGCCAUGCGUCUUCCUGCCCCACUGGGUUCCCUGCGGAGGGAGUUCCCGCCAAGCCUGGGCGGCAGUGACACGUGCCACUUCUGCCAAAAGCGUGUGUACGUGAUGGAACGGCUCAGUGCUGAGGGGCUGUUCUUCCACAGGGAGUGCUUCCGCUGUGACACCUGCAGUACCACACUCCGCCUGGGGGGGCAGGCUUUCGACUCCGACCAGGGCAAGUUCUACUGCAAGCUUCAUUUCGCUCAACAGAAAGCACUCAUCAAGCACAGGAGGAGGACAGUCGAACUCCAGAAGGGGGAUCAGGAGGUGGGGGCCCAGGGGGGCUCGGUGACGACGGCCCCCGAUGGGAAAGUUCCCCACUCAGCCGACAGUGUCCCGGAGAGCCAGCCAGCAGGCCGCAUGAGAUACAGUAGGACCCUGACAGACAGAGGUAAACCAGCCUCAGACCGAAAAGGAGACAGGGAGCGAACGGCAUUAUACUCAGCUCUGAAACAAUGGGAAGCUGGUUUAAAUCAUACUGAGAGCUGCCUCCAGCCGCUGGAGACGCAGGCCGGCAUAGAGACACAUAGCGGUACUCUCCAGACAGCCUGUUCGGCCCCCAGCGCAACCACAGAGAUUGUGCAGACGCUUGUCACGGAAGUCACCCCACGAGCCUCGGAUCCAGAAGGGUCAGACGGACCUGACAUCACACAUUCCUCACCUCUGGGGAUCCAGCGCAGAUCACCCUGGCCUGCUGCGGGAGGCUUGGGGGCGUCCCACGCACUUCCCGGAGUCAAGGUAACCGCAGGUGAUUGUGGGAAGACAGCAGACCCAAGUAUGGACCACUGGGGCCAAGGCCAGGUUUCACCGGGCAGCCCAAUAACUCCCCCAGGAUCUCCCAGUUUGUUCCUGUUUGAAAACCCCUUGCAUUCCCCAGGUCCAUCAUCCCCAGAGUGUCAACCUACAUCCGUAACACCCAAAUGUCCCAAACCAAUCGAGGGGCAGCCAGAUGAGCAGUUGCCGUCUUCUGGGAAGAAGAAGCUGACGAUUUCUCAGCUUGAGAGAGAGAAGCUUUUGCAGUGGGACUUGGAUAGCCCUGAUGAACCAGAGACCCAGGACACGGCAGAAUCGGCAAGGAUUUUUGGCAGACCCAGCGACCAAAAGGCCAACUGUGAGAUCUCCAUAACUCCUCCUGUCACCAUUCCUACAUCUGCCCCAGCCCAGAGUCACCCUCCACAGUCACCAUUCCAGCUGGUGGCUAACACCCUCAUGAGAUCUUUUGGGCAUGGCUCACCUUCAUCCACCUCAAGUGCGACCAGAAGGAGCAGCUCCCAGAACAGCAGGCCUCCCUCUGAAGGCUCUUUCAAACUUAGCUCCCUCUUGUGGGGGAAGACAGGUUGGGACCACAAUUCCAAUUCCAAGGGAGGGGGACAGAAUGUGCUACCAGGCCCAUCACUCAACCCAACUGCGAUACCCAAAACGUCUAGUGUGUUAGAGCUGCCCAAUUUACUCGAGAACGUCUCUCUGGGAGAGGAGUCUGGGAGGAUCUCCAAGGACGACAUGGCCAUUGUGUCACAUAAGAACUUGAACUUCUUCUCCUCCCUGAGAGUCAAGAAAACUGACAGCAUGACAAAGAGGGUGACUGAGGGUCAGGAGAAUGACAUCUGGUCCAUGGUCUCGAACCUCAGAAAAAAAGUCUCCAGCCAGGAGCAGCGGGGCUCCAGUUCCUCCAGUGAAGACGAGAGCGCCGUUAGCAGCCCGAAGAAGGAUAGCCCCUCUCUGAAGCAGAAGAGGAGGCAGGAGAGGACCAUGCUGCAGAAGGCACGACAGGAGCAGCUGAAGCGGCUCCACAGAGCUCAGGUCAUCCAGAGGCAGCUGGAGGAGGCGGAGGAGAAGCAGAGGGCUCUGGAGGAGAACGGGGUUACCUUGGAGAAAAUGCUGAGGGGCGAGAUGGACGGCUGCCCCUGCGAUGAAGCCGAGCUUCUGCAAACCUGGUACAGGCUGGUGCUGGAGAAGAACAGAUUGGGAAACUAUGAGUCUGAGCUCAUGAUCUUUGCACAGGAACUGGAGCUGGAAGACACCCAAAGUCAACUGCAGCAGAAGCUUUGGCACAGCAUGGCCAUCGAAGACUCCAGGAAGAGCCCCCAGGAGCUGUCAGAGGAGCAACAGAUGUUUGCUGAGAUGAUGAGGGUGGUGGAGAAGAGGGAUACGCUGGUGGCUCUGCUGGAGGAGAAGCGGAUCAGCGAGAGCACCGACGGCCGGGACUUGGAGAGCAUAGUGCACCAGUUCCACUGGACUUGAGGCGAUGGGCACGGUGCAUGCCUGCCGCUGCUGCCCAUUCUAGCGUCUGCUAGCCAGAGGCUGUGCGCCUUGUGUCAGACCUGACUGAACCACCAUAAACAACGGGAGAAUGCACGUACCUGACAUAUCUGUUUAUGAGAAUGCACUCAAAUGCUAAAUGACCAUGCAGGACCUCCUUAGUUGGCCUGCUUCAGAGGUCCUGGCACCUUUCUUCUGAGUAGGACCUCAGAGGAACUGGCUACACUUGAUGACCAUCUGACUGUGCUUUCCUUUGCUGUAUACUGCAAGAAACGAAGGAGUAUUGGUACAGUAACGGUGCUGCCUGCUCAUUUAAACAUUGACUUGGGACAAGCUAAGCUACAUUUAUUAAUACUAGGCAUGAGAUCAAAAAGCGGGUCUUCCAGCAUUUACCCCCUCAGCUGUUCAUAACAUAAUUGAUAUUCCUUUGUCAGGUACCUCCCCAGUGACAUCAUAGAUUAUGCUUAUUUCCGUCUUUAUUUAUAAUAAUUGGUUUUAUGAAAGUGACAUUUCAAUUACUUUGCAAUGGAUUUUUCGCAUUGAUUAAAAUAUUAUAAUUCAAAUUA